AUCCUAUCCGCCGCGCUCGCCUCCUUCAACGCACUCGGUCGGCUCGCACGCACGCGACGCGCACGCCGGCGCGCCGCCUCUCCUCUGCCGGUCCGCUCGCCAAAACCGGAGUUCCACGCUAGGUCGCUAGGAGCCCCCGCACGCGCGCUCCGGAACUCUCUUUCCGCACCUUCCACGACAUGCUCGCGCGAGCGUUCCCGCUGGACCACUUCACUGUGCCCCGAUCCUCAGCUCCUGCGCGCUCGCCGGAUCUGGCACUCUCCGUGACGCUAGGCAACCCAGGGAAACCCCUUCGUGGCAUCUUGGCUGGUGCAAUGCUUCACAGACAUGUCGAGCCUCCCGAUGCCCGGAGGCUGCUCGAUGGAAUGCGCGACAGGGAUGCCGUUUUGUGGACAUACAUGUUAUCUGCAUAUGCCACCACUUCGCAGCCUUCUCCCGUCGGCAUGAUGCAACCUUAUUGGUAUUCAGGAUGAUGCAACCUGUCCGCGGCCGAGGGCAUGGUGCCGCCAGAGUGCCAGGCUCUUGUCGAAAUUAUUUCAUGCUCUUCCAUCUAUCUCGCGGUGGGGGUUAUGGCUAACGUUCUAUUCUACAGACUAAGGUUAUGAAAUUUUGCCAAUGUCGCAGUGCUUCCAUGUUAUGAAAUUUUGCCAGUUGCUACAAGUUUGGUUCAGAUAUUGUCAGUUCUUCCUUUUAGCUAGCUUGCCUAUGCAAAGAAGUAAUACACCAGGAGGCUUCCAAGACACUGCCUCUGACUCUGGGCCUUAACCCGAUUAGACAAUCUUUAUUCAACACGAAAGUAGAUUUGUCACCUGCCACAAUUGGUCGAAAAUGGACCCAAAGAAAUCAAUAGAUGAUAAAUUCUCUAAGUUGCAUCCAAGUUUGCUAGUAGACACUAGAAUUGGCAUAGUGGGAGCAGGGCCAAGUGGAUUAUCAGCAGCAUAUGCACUAGCUAAACUCGGGUACUGCAAUGUAACUCUGUUUGAGAAAUGCCAGACUGUUUCAGGGAUGUGCCAGUCCAUUGACAUCGAUGGAAAAACAUAUGACUUGGGAGGGCAAGUUAUAGCAGCAAACAGUGCGCCUACUAUAACUCACCUGGCAAAGGAGGUAGGAGCUGAAUUCGAAGAGAUGGAUUCACACAAGCUUGGCCUGAUCGACAGCCAAACUGGAAAAGCUCGAGAUCUUGAAGUAGCUGAGGACUAUGUAUCCAUGGUAUCUCUGACUCUAAAACUGCAGGAUGAAGCAAACAAGUCCGGCCGUGUGGGCAUUCAUGCUCUUAGUGGAUUGGCGUCUGACUCAACUCUUCAGUUUUUGAAACAACAUGGAAUAAAUUCAGUGCCAAAAUCUGUAGCCUAUGGCUACACAGCUUCUGGCUAUGGUUUUGUUCAAGACAUGCCCUAUGCUUUCAUUCAAGAGUUCACUAGAACCUCUAUGGCUGGAAAAAUACGACGUUUCAAGCAUGGUUACAUGAGCAUGUGGGAGAAACUAAGUCACUCAUUACCAUUUGAAGUUCUUUGUGACACCGAGGUUCUGCGAGUCAAGCGCCACAACUGUGGUGCAAGUGUAACCAUCAAGACAAACAAUGGUGAUGAGCAAGUUAUGGAGUUUGAGAAAAUUAUAUUCUCAGGUGCUCUUGGUUUCAAGAAUGGCAAUACAUAUCGAUCUUCUAGUCUCACUGAUGGAGAAAAAGAAGUGGUGGAACUGAAUGAUCUUGAAAGAGAACUAUUCAGUAAGGUGCAGACAGUCGACUACUAUACUACUGUUGUUAAGGUUAAUGGAUUUGAACACAUGCCAAAGGGAUUUUACUACUUUGAAGAAUUCAUGGAGGAUCCAGCCACAAUAGGCCAGCCAGUGGCAAUGCAAAAGUUCUUUGAUGACACAGAUGUUUUCUUGUUCUGGUCUUAUGGGAAUUCAGCAGACAUCAAAGGUUCAUUUGUAGCUAAAUGUGUGACUGACAUCGUGAGUUGUAUGGGAGGCACUGCUCAGAAUGUGCUUUUGCAGCGGCGGUUCAAGUAUUUCCCCCAUGUCAGCAGUGAAGACAUGAAAGAUGGAUUCUACGAGAGGUUUGAAUCUCAGUUACAAGGCUUUCAGAACACUUACUAUGUUGGAGGUUUGCUAGCAUUUGAGCUUACAGAAAGAAAUGCUUCAUACUCCAUUGAGACUGUUUGUAAACACUUUGCCAUUGAUGUUGAGCAAACAGUGACUCCUUAUGUCAAGAGAUUGUUUCCUCUGUCCCGCAAUGGGAACCCUUCACCUCCUAGAGAUCUUGGUGAACUUGAAGGUGUUCAAUUUCCUGACCUUCCAUCCCUGGAUGGAUAUUUGGAAUACUGGGGAAUUCACAGAGUUACCAAGAAGAAAGCCAUUUAUACUUGGAUCAAUGAAGAAGGGAAAAUCAUGAAUCAGAGAACCUACCAGGAGCUUCAUGAGAACGCAUCUCACAUUGCACACAAACUAUUGACAAGCACAAAGCCUGUUAUCAAGCCUGGUGACAGAAUUAUCCUUAUUCACCUCCCUGGUUUGGAGUUUAUUGAUGCAUUCUUUGGGUGCAUCAGAGCAGGAGUUAUACCGGUCCCAGUUAUCCCCCCUGAUCCAAUGCAAAGGGGUGGACAAGCACUUCUCAAAGUUGAUAACGUCUCUAAAGUAUGCAGUGCUGUGGCAAUUCUAUCAACCUCUCCGUACCAUUCUGCCGUACGUGUAGGUUAUGUUAAGAACAUUCUCACUCUAGCAAAGGGCCAGAAAUGCUCAGCACAGUGGCCUGACCUCCCAUGGAUUCACACUGACUCAUGGAUAAAGAACUUCCGGCGAAAUCCAGACAUUUUCAACUCAGACAAUGUUUUAUCUAUGAGGACCAAGCCCCAGCCCAGUGACUUAUGCUUUCUACAGUUCACUUCCGGUUCCACUGGUGAUGCCAAGGGGGUGAUGAUAACUCAUGGAGCACUAAUCCACAACGUGAAGAUGAUGAAAAAGGUGUAUCGAAGUACUUCAAAAACUGUUCUUAUCAGUUGGCUUCCGCAGUACCAUGACAUGGGACUAAUAGGGGGUAUUUUCACUGCCCUUGUAAGUGGGGGAACUUCCAUUCUGUUUUCACCAAUGGCAUUCAUCAGGAACCCCCUCCUGUGGCUGCAAACAAUCAGUGACAACAAUGGAACCCAUAGUGCAGGUCCAAACUUUGCAUUUGAACUGGUGAUAAGGAGGCUUGAGGCUGAGAAGGGUAAAGUAUAUGAUCUCUCUUCAAUGAUCUUCCUCAUGAUUGCGGCAGAGCCAGUAAGGCAAAAAACUGUCAAAAGGUUCAUAGAGUUGACUCAACCUUUUGGCUUUCUAGAAGGUGCUCUUGCACCUGGAUAUGGGAUGGCUGAGAACUCGGUCUAUAUUUGUUGUGCCUUUGGUGAAUGCAAACCAGUCUUGAUAGAUUGGCAAGGAAGAGUUUGUUGUGGGUAUGUUGAGCAGGACAAUAUAGAUAUUGACAUCAGAAUUGUUGAUGCAGACUCUCUGACUGAGCAUCAAGAUGAUGGUGCUGAGGGUGAGAUAUGGAUCAGUAGUCCUAGUUCUGGAGUUGGUUAUUGGGGCAAUGAGGAAAUGAGCCAGAAAACUUUCUGCAAUCAGCUUAGGAACCACCCCAAUAAGAUGUUCACAAGAACCGGUGAUUUAGGGUGGAUCAUUGACGACAAACUUUUUAUUACAGGAAGGAUCAAAGAUCUUAUCAUUGUUGCUGGCAGAAAUAUUUAUUCUGCAGAUGUAGAGAAGACAGUGGAAAAUUCUUCCGAGGUCUUGCGACCAGGAUGCUGUGCUGUGGUUGGUGUCCCGGAGGAUGUUCUUACUCAGAAAGGCAUCUCAAUUCCUGAUUCUUCUGAUCAGGUUGGACUUGUAGUGAUUACAGAGGUUAGAGAGGGUAAGACAGUCUCCGAAGAAAUUAUCGACAAUAUCAAAGCACGUGUGGCGGAGGAGCAUGGUGUAACUGUUGCAUCGGUCAAUAUUAUCAAGCCGAGAACCAUACCCAAGACAACAUCUGGGAAGAUACGGAGAUUUGAAUGCAUUAAGCAAUUUGUUGACAACAAUCUUUGUUUGGCUAAUGGUACUCAUCCAUCUAAGAUGAGUGUUUUCUGGUCUCUCCCAACAGGAACAUGCACGGAGAGAAGGGGGUCAUUCUUGAAGCAGACUGUUGAUUCCACCAUUCGUCCUCGGUAUGGAAGCAAUGUGAAAAGCCCCAAGGAGAUAACUGAGUUUCUGACACAGAUAGUGUCAGAUCAAUCAGGUAUACCAAAGGACAAAAUUUCUCCAACAGAAAGCCUACCUUCUUAUGGCUUUGAUUCGAUUGCGGUGGUCCGAGCGGCUCAGAAGCUCUCAGAUUAUCUGGGUACUCCUGUUGGAGCCAUUGACAUCUUUGCUGCAAGGUGCAUUUCUGAGCUUGCUAGCUUCUUGGAGAACUUGUUGGCAAAGUCACAACCACUGUUGGCAUCUGAUGUAUCUUGCUCUACUGAGGAUGAUGAGAGUUUUGUGGUUUCCACAGACUUCACUACAAAUUUAAGUGUGCUUGCUACUGGGAUUCUCCAGCUCCUGGCUCUUACCUAUGUUUGUUUCAUGUUGCUACUCCCAGCAUACCUCGCUAGUUCAGCAUACAUGAGCAUGCUCUAUCCGGUCAAUCUGGUCAAGUCAUCAGCGAUGAAGUAUCUUAGUUCUUUGGUCAUGGCACCUAUUGCAUGGAUUUGUUAUGUCUUACUCACCUCUUUAUCACUUUCUAUCCUGGGGAAGUCAUUCCUUCAGCCAAAUUAUGCUCUGGCCCCUGAUGUUUCGAUAUGGUCAGUUGACUUUGUGAAAUGGUGGGCACUGAACAAGGCGCAAGGGUUAGCUACAAAGAUGCUAGCUGUUCAUCUAAAGGGAACAAUAUUCUUGAAUUAUUGGUUCAAGAUGCAAGGGGCUCGGAUAGGAUCAUCUGUUAUUAUUGACACAGUAGACAUUACAGACCCAUCCUUGUUAGUAGUUGAAGAUGGCGCGGUGAUUGCAGAAGGUGUUCUCAUUCAGGGCCAUGAAGUCCGUAAUGAGGUCCUGAGCUUUAGGCGUAUCAGGAUUGGUCGCGAGGCAUCCAUUGGUCCUUAUGCGGUUCUUCAGAAGGGCACUAUCGUCGAGGAUGGUGCUAUGGUGCUACCAUUGCAAAAGACUGAGCCAGGGAAAUCAAGAUAUCAGACAAAGAGAGCUUCUUCAGACAUGAAGGAAGAAACAAGGAAAGCAACCAUGCUUCUUGAACACCUCGUUUGCAUCUAUGCAGUUGCUUUUCUAGGUGCUCUGUCAAGUGCGACUGUCUACAUGUUGUACACUCACUUCUCUGCCACCGAGGCUUCACUUCAGCACUUCUCCUUUGCAUGCAUUGCUGGUGCGUUCCACUGGUUACCAGCUGUCAUGUCAUCUUAUCCUGUGAUUGUCCAGGAGAUGCCCACAAGCGCAUUGACAUUUGCUCUCUCUAUCGCCUUCGCCUACUUGAGCUACGGUAUCGUUCUCAGCCUUCUCACCAGUAUAGUCAACACAGCUCUUGCUCCAAGGACCGGAAUCAAGCAGAAUGUGAGAGCAGGCUUGAUCCAACGACGUAUAAAUAUUGCUGUGCAUCUCAGAUUUGCCAAGAUGCUAGCUGGAACUGAAGCAUUCUGCAUGUACCUGAGGCUUCUUGGUGCGAAAAUUGGAAGGCAUUGUUCUAUCCGGUCCAUCGAUCCUGUGGCGAAUCCUGAACUGAUGAGCAUUGGUGAUGGAGUCCAUCUAGGUGACUUCUGCCACAUUGUUCCCGGGUUCUACUCCAGUAAGGGGUUUACUGGUGCGGAGAUAAAGGUCCAAGAGAACACAAUUGUUGGCAGUGGCAGCCUGCUCCUCCCUGGCUCGGUGCUCCAAGGGAAUGUCAUCCUUGGAGCACUUUCUGUGGCACCAGAAAAUUCCCUUCUCCACCGAGGCGGCAUCUACAUUGGGGCAAAGUAUUUGACAUUGGUGAAGAACACUUUGCUUGCAGAAGAUGAGCGGAUUGCGGUGAUGGACCCAGUGUACAAGAAGAUUGUUGGGAACCUUUCAGCCAACUUGGCGAUCAGCACCAUGAACGUCAAGUCAAGGUACUUCCACCGCAUUGGUGUAAGCGGGCGGGGUGUCCUGAAGAUGUACCAAGACAUGACAUGUUUGCCCAAGCACAAGUUAUUUGGCGCUGGAAAGUCUUUCCCAGUGAUCGUCCGGCACAGCAACAGCCUCAGUGCAGAUGAUGAUGCAAGGCUUGAUGCGCGCGGCGCAGCAGUGCGCAUUCUCUCGGAUGAUGGUGAUGAGGUGCCUCUCUUGGACCUUACACUGAAGAGUGGCAAAUCAUUUUACGCGCGCACAAUCGCCGACUUUGCCACUUGGCUAGUCUGUGGUCUGCCGGCGAGGGAACAACACGUGAAGCAUGCCCCGCACAUCCGCGAGGCUGUCUGGACCUCCUUGCGGGACACCAACUCGUACACCAUUGUCGUCGUGAGGUGA